AUGGUACUCAUUCCGGAAUUGAAUAUUGCUCUGAUAACGAGUGGAUAUGCAAGAAGUCGAGGAGUUAGUAAUAUCACCGGCGCAGUAUUCCUUUAUAAUUUCAUAAAUAAUAGAAAUUAUGAAGUCAAAAAGUUGAAAAUUAAAGGAUUUAAUUUGCAAUACUUCAUUCCAUAUGGAAUUAGCACAUAUGUGAGUCGAGGCCGAGUAACAGUUUAUAUCACUAAUUCUUAUCAGAAUACUACUGAUACGGUAGAAGUUUUCCAGCUUGAUUUGGAACACUUGUUUCUCAUUCAUCGAAAAACGAUCAGUAAUGACAAAUUUCGGAACUUAGCAGAUAUAGCUGUCGUUGGAGCGGAUCGAUUUAUUGUUACUAAUUAUGCUUAUUGUCAGAAACGUUGGAUGCAAAUCAUAGAAUUUGCCAUGCAAUCAUCUUUUGGUUCCAUUGUUUACUACGACGGUCAACAGGGUAACUACCUCGAAAAAUAUUUUCCGGCACCGGAUGGAAUUACUGUAAAUAAGCAACAAAAUCGAUUGUAUGUUGCUAGUACGAUUAAUGAGUUCAUACGGAUAUAUCAUUUACGGCAAGAUAUGUCAGUGGUAUUUGCAACCGAAAUUUCACUUCUUUCCUCACCCAAUAAGAUAUUUAUUGAAGCUGAUACUGGAAAUAUUUGGAUAGCUCUUCAUCCGGUACUAUAUAAAGCUCAUAAACAUAUGCAAGAUCCAACAAAUAUGGAUGAACGAUCUCCCUCUCAAAUACUUCGCAUACGUUUACAGGUUUGAUCGUUUCCAUUCAAGAUACAAAAGCAAUAAACUUAUUCGUGUACGUCGAUGAAUAUUCUUGCUACAGUAAUUAACAAUUUCAAAAUAAUGAUCACACAUCCUAGAUAUUCAGGACAAUGGUAGAAGUUGGGUGAUAACAGAACCAUAUGCAAAUGAUGGAGCAACAAUAUGGGGUUCUUCCGCAGUUCUAUUUCACAAAAAUUCUUUGCUUAUUGGUAGUUUAUUUGGCCGUACUUUGCACUGCGAUAUUGAUACUUCUCAGAUUAUAUAGCAGUAAGACCGAUGUGAAAUUAAUUGGAAUGACUAAUAACAGGGUACAGUCCCGAUACAAAAUCAAGUGGAAGUCACCAAUACAACUGCUAAGAAACGUCUUUCAAAUAGGAAAUUAUCAAUAGGCUUAAACCUAUUGAUGAUUCCGA